CGGACUGGUUGGACGAGCACCGGCGGAGAAGAGCAGCACACGGCAGGGCGUGCCAGUUCCCCCCGGCAGUCAUGAAUCCAUCCGAAUUUGACAGAGCAGUCGAGGACGUGAAGGUGCUGAAGCAGAGGCCCGGGUACGGAGUCCUGGGAGACGUCUAUGGGCUGUACAAGCAGGCCACGGUCGGCGACAUUAACAUCGAGCGUCCAAGUAUCUUUGACCUCGCAGGACGAGGAAAAUGGGACGCAUGGCAACGAAAGAAAGGUCUGUCCAAAGAAGAAGCAAUGAUCGCCUAUGUUGACCUGGUGGAGGAUCUGAAAGAAAGAUUUGGGUUCCCUGAUAUUAUGUAGCCUUUUCAAUGUCGCAUCUCUCCUCUUGUUCUCAGUGGAAACUUAAUAAUAUUGGCUGCACUCUUUGGUACUUUAUUACUGUGUACGUCAUGAUGGGUUCAGAUGCUUGAGAGCACAGAAGUCUGGAGUACUUACUGGUACUUUAAAUUGGUUAAAACCCCCAAAAAGUUUGUCAAGGAAUGGCAACACUGAUUUGCUUUCUUGUUGAGAGCAGGAAAAAACAACAACAACCGGCUAGCCUUUAUGCUAAGCUAAGCUAAUCGUCCGCUGGCUCUAGCUUCAUAUUUAGCUUCCUGAAUGGUAUCAAUCUUCUCGUCUAACUCUCAGCAAGAAUGUGAAAAGAUGUGUUUCCUAAAAUGUCUAAGUAAUGCUUUUAAGUGCGACUUCGAUGUAUUUAAAAAUAAAGAGCAUCUGUUUACA